AUGGAAGAUCUCGAGAAAGCAAGCCCUUCUGCGCUCAGCCCAAACCAGCCAGAGGAUGCCCGGUCUUCAAAUCCCGAUUCCAGAAAUAACUCUUUGGCAACAGAGGAACCAAAUACAAAUGCAAUCGCAACGCUUUACCCAGAAACUGCUCUCGACAGCGGAAUAGUAGGAUGGGAUGGACAGGACGACCCGCAAAAUCCGCAGAACUUCUCCGACAGCCAGAAAUGGGCGUUGUUAGGCCUCGUGAGUUCGAUUACUUUGAUUUCGCCGUUGGCAUCUAGCAUGUUCUCUCCAGCAGUGGGAUUCGUUGCAACCGAUCUGAAGGUCACCAAUGAGACCUUGCUUUCCUUCAGUGUUAGCGUUUUCCUACUGGGUUAUACGUUCGGUCCUCUGCUGCUCGCUCCCUUGAGUGAGAUCUACGGUCGUCGGAUUGUGCUCAGCUGUGCCAACUGGUUCUUUGUCAUCUGGCAGAUUGGGUGUGCUCUCGCCCCAAACAUUGCAUCCCUGAUCGUAUUCCGUUUCUUCGCCGGGAUAGGUGGGUCGGGCUGCCUCACCCUCGGAGCUGGCGUCGUUGCCGACCUCUUCCCAGUUGAGAAACGUGGCAUGGCAACAUCUAUCUGGGCUCUUGGUCCGCUUAUUGGGCCGGUGGCUGGUCCUAUCUGUGGUGGGUUCGUCGGCGAGACAAUUGGUUGGCGUUGGGUGUUUUGGAUCUUAUUGAUUGCAAGCGGUGUCCUGGCGUUUGGCAUCGAGUGCCUCAACCGGGAAACAUAUGCACCCGUUCUCAUGCGCUGGAAAGCUGCCCGGUUAAACAAGGAACUAGGUCGAACUGAUUUGCGCAGUGCAUAUGACCUGAGCAAUGCCGAGGAUAUAACCAUCUCGGAACGUUUGCAGCAGGGUUUAAAGCGGCCGGUGCUGCUUUUCUUUAAGUCGCCCAUCGUGUUUCUCCUAUCCGUUUACAUGGCUCUUAUAUAUGGUCUGUUGUACCUGUUCUUCACCACCAUCCCGACAGUCUUUAAGAGCCAGUACGGCUUCUCCACCGGCCUGUCAGGUCUUGCGUAUUUGGGUAUCGGGAUAGGCUUUUUCUGUGGCAUAGCUUUUGUCGCCACCACGAGUGACAAGGUAGUGGUGAAGCUAACCAGUCAGAACAACAACAAAUUCGAGCCGGAAAUGCGCCUUCCUGUCAUGAUAUUCUUUUCCUGCAUCUUGCCCAUUAGCUUCUUCUGGUACGGCUGGUCGGCCGACAAACAUGCCCAUUGGAUCGUACCUAUCAUCGGUAUGCUCCCCUUCGGGCUCGGCAUGAUGGGUGUAUAUAUGCCCAUCCAGACCUACAUCAUUGAUUGCUAUCCCAGUUAUGCCGCCUCUGUAAAUGCGACUCUGACUGCCUCUCGAUCCUUGGUGGGUGCGUUGUUGCCACUUGCUGGUCCAAAAAUGUUCGAAUCCCUUGGUUUGGGAUGGGGGAAUUCACUGCUUGGCUUCUUGGCCGUGGCCUUCAUCCCAGCGCCUAUUUUCUUCAGCAAAUAUGGCCAGACUAUCAGGGAACGCUUCCCAGUGAACCUCGAGGGGAAGGGAACUUCAGCUAAGAACUAA